ACACUACAUAGUUGAAAAGAGAGAGGAGGCCAGGAAGGCGUUUACCAGUGUUUGUAGCAACUGUGUCAGGAAUUCCUACAAGAUUGACAAUCUACAGGAAGGAAGCUUUUAUUAUUUCCGUGUCCUCGCAGUGAAUGAGUUUGGCGCUGGACAGCCAGCAGAGACGGCUGAUGCUGUUAAAGUGUCUGAGGCUCCUCCCCCUCCCGGCAAAAUCACGCUGAGAGAGGUCACUUGCAAUAGUGCGAGACUCUCGUGGGAGAAGCCUGAUCAUGAUGGAGGAAGCAAAAUCACGUGUUACAUCGUAGAAAUGCAACCCGAGGGACACGAUACAUGGACGAAAUGCUCAGAGAGUAAAGUGCUAGAAAUGACCGUCAAUGGACUGACAGCAGGACGGGAGUAUUUUUUCAGAGUGAGUGCCGUGAAUGAUAAAGGGAUGAGUGAACCAAAAGCCUUGCUGACACCUGUUAUUGUAAAGGACACCAGUGCUAAGCCUGUUAUCAAUCUGCUGACCAAUACAUUUAGUGUAAAGGUAGGGAAUGAUUUGAAAAUUGAUGUUCCCUUUAGAGGCGUCCCACCACCAACGGUAGUCUGGAAUAAAGAGGGAAACGUGUUGAAGGAGACAAGCAGAGUAAACGUACAAACAUCUGAAUCUGCGUCUCAGUUAUGCAUUAAGGAUGCAGCCAGGUUUGAUGCUGGUGCCUAUGAGGCAAUCCUGACCAAUGCUGUUGGAACGACAUCCGCUGAAAUCUUUGUAAAUGUUUUUGAAAGGCCCGGACCACCGAGCGAUCUCAGAGUGGAUGAAGUUAGUGCGGACUUUGUGUCUCUGUCGUGGCAUCCCCCGCUUUACAGUGGUGGGUGUCAAAUAACGAAUUACGUUGUUGAGAAAAGAGACGCGGGCAGUUCAGCAUGGCAGAAUGUGUCGGCCACAGUUGCAAGAUCAUCAAUCAAAGUUUCCCGGCUGUCACAGGGUACUGAAUAUCAAUUUCGAGUGGCUGCAGAGAAUCGCUAUGGAAAGAGCCAGUUUAUUGAAACAGACACGGUCAUUGCCCAGUAUCCCUUCAAACCACCUGGUCCACCAGCUAACAUCCAUGUUGUCCAGGCUUCAAAGUCUGUAAUGAUCAUUGCUUGGGGCAAACCGAACAGCGAUGGUGGCAGCCCUAUUUUUGGUUAUCAUGUUGAAAGCAAAGAUCAGAGCAGUAUACUAUGGACAAAGGUAAACAGAAGUCCAGUGACUGAGAACCAAUACAAGGUGACAAGCGUUGAAGAGGGUCUGAUAUAUGAGUUUCGAGUCUACGCUGAGAAUUUGGCCGGUGUUGGACCCUGCAGUAAGCCAUCUGAACCGGUUGCAGCAAGAGACCGGUGUGAUGCCCCUUCAAAUCUCACAGUCACCAGUGUGACCAACACUUCAGUUUCACUCUCCUGGGACAAACCAAACUACGACGGGGGUGCUAAAAUAACAGGUUACAUUGUUGAGCGCAAAGAGCUGCCAGAUGGCUGCUGGCUGAAGUGCAACUUCACAAACUUAAUGGACACCUUUUUGGACGUGACUGAGCUCACGGAGGGUGAGCAAUAUGAAUUUCGGGUUACUGCAAAGAAUGCAGCCGAGUGUUUCAGCGCGCCUUCUGAAACCACCGGGCCUAUUACGGUGCAGCAUGAUGUGGAGCCGCCUAUUAUCAACUUGGAUGACAAAUUUAGGCAGGCGGUGGUGGUCAAAGCGGGAGACCUUCUCAAGAUAGAUGCUGAAAUUUACGGCCGCCCUAACCCCACCGUGUUUUGGUUGAAAAACGGAAGAAACAUUAGCACCAAGGGAAGGGUUGAGAUAUCGGCAACAAAGUGCCACACUUCUCUCCUUAUCAGGGAGAGUGUAAGGAAAGACUCUGGACAGUAUACGCUAACCUUGCAGAACACAGGAGGUACCACAUCCAGGGUUGUUACCUGCAAGGUGCUAGACAGACCAGGCCCUCCUGCUGGACCUCUGGAAGUGUCUGGCCUAUCAGCAGAGAAGUGUACCUUGUCCUGGGGACCUCCACACGAGGACGGUGGUGCAGAGGUCUUGCACUAUAUUGUUGAAAAAUGUGAAACCAGCCGUGUUUCUUGGACUCUUGUGUGCGAUGACGUGAUGGCAACCACCUGCAAAAUAACCAAACUCCUCAAAGGAAAUGAAUACCUUUUCAGAGUGAGAGCAGUAAACAAAUAUGGGGAAGGGGAGAUUUUGGAAAGUGAGCCAAUAAAAGCUAUGGAUCCAUUCACUAUCCCGUCUGCUCCGACAGACGUUGAAGUCACUAGUGCUACCAGUGAAUCUAUGACGAUCAACUGGAAGAGGCCUGCUUCUGAUGGCGGUAGCCGUAUAAGUGGCUACAUUAUAGAGAAACGAGAAAAGCAUGGUGUCCGCUGGGUCAGAGUAAACAAAAAACCAGUCUAUGACCUACGAGUCAAAGCCUCUGGCCUGCAUCAGGGAUGUGAGUAUGAAUUUAGAGUGUUUGCUGAGAAUGCUGCUGGUCUAAGUGAGCCCAGUUCACCAUCCCCUCUUGCCUCAGCAGAGGAUCCAACGUUUUUACCCUCCCCUCCAGCAAAGCCCGCCAUAACUGAUUCAUCCAAGUCCUCCGUCACUCUGGCAUGGAACAAGCCACUGUUUGAUGGCGGAGCACCAAUUACAGGGUACAAAGUUGAAUUUAGAAAACCAACAGAGGAGGACUGGGCUGUGGGUGUUCAGAACACAGACAAGACAGAGUUUACAGUGACCGGACUAGCAACCGGUGCAGAAUACGUGUUUACCGUAAGAUCCGUUAACAAGAUUGGCAUGAGUGAGCCCAGUCCUGAAACAGACCCCACACUUGCCAUGGAGAGGGAGGAGGAGCCCAGAUUCAACAUCAGCCCUGAAAUGAGAAAGACUCUGCUUGUAAAAGAUGGCUGCUCUUUUACUUUGACUGUACCUUUCAUCGGCAAACCUGCUCCCAGUGUGUCAUGGGAAAAAGCAGGUGUUGAUUUAAGGGUCAGGGGACUUAUACACACGAGCAACCUCAUUACCUCCAUCACAGUGGAGCAGGCAACACGCGAUGACUCUGGCAAAUACACAGUCAAACUUCAAAAUGUUGCCGGAUCUGCAACUUUAACCCUGAAUGUCAGGGUUUUGGAUUCGCCGGGUCCUCCUAGCAACAUAACAGUCAAAGAUGUGACUAAGAACUCCGCCACUGUUACCUGGGACAUCCCCGAGAAUGAAGGCGGAGGUCCUGUGAACAACUACCUCAUAGACAUACGAGAAAUUAGUAGAAAAGGUUGGACAAGACUCACGGACAAAUGCCGGCGACUGUCCUAUAAGGUGUCUGAUCUGGAAGAGGGAGGGAUCUACUUCUUCAGAGUCACCGGUGAAAAUGAAUACGGCAUUGGGGUUUCAGCUGAGACAAAAGAAGGAACAAAGAUGACAGGAACAACAGACUGGGAGACAAACCAGGGAGCUUAGUGUUUCAACCCAACAAGACCCACUUUCUUUUAUGAUUUCUAAUAAGAAGAACAGAUUUUUUUAAUCCAUUUGUUUAGCUAUUAAUAAUUGUAUGGGGAAUUUAUAUGUGGAAAAUUUACUGUCAGUGAUUUUAAAGAAAUAACUAAACCUACUCACUCUGAAAAUGUUUUAAUAUCUGAGAUUCUUGUUCAAGUGAGCUUUAUGAAUAAAAGAUGUCUAUUUCUAUAUACAGUGAUUUUCAAUAAAUUAGAAUAUGCAUUCCAAUGAGGCUUGUUUGUCAUGUUAAAAGUAUCUUGAAAAUACCAAUCUGUAAGCAUCAAUUAAACAUGCUUUUUACUGGUCCACUGUAAUAUUGUAAUCUUAAAUGAUGUUUUUUUUGUCAGCUGUUAGCAGAAAAUCAUCAUAAUUAACAGAAAUAAAGACUUGAAUACAUCAA